AUGGCUACAGAAAACAAGGCGUUGUUCUAUCAGAAGGUCCCCACCGAGUUUCCUGUACCCGGUGAGCACUUGACGAUUGAGAAAGUGCCGUUUGACCCUGAAGCUCCAGCUCCCGAUGGCGGUCUUACCCUUCAAGCGUUGUACACGAGCUUCGAUCCAUAUAUGCGGGGUGGCAUGCGGCCGGCUCAAGUCAAAUCCUACCGUCCGGCAUACGAAAUAGGAAAACCACUUCCUAGCAUUUCGAUCGUUAAGGUCCUAAAAUCGAACAAUGACAGGUUCAAACCAGGCGACAUUGCAAUAGGAUUCAUGCCCAUCCAACAGUAUAUCGCUGCACCCGCAGAAACUGUCCAGGCCCUUAGGCUGCUGGAUAACCCACUCGGGCUGGACGACCUCCGCUACUUCCUUGGCGCUCUGGGGAUGCCCGGCCUCACCGCAUAUUCGUCCCUGAUGGAGAUUGGAAAGCCGAAGAAGGGAGAGACCAUUUUUAUUUCGUCUGCGGCUGGAGCCGUGGGCCAGGUCGUUGGCCAGAUCGCGAAGCACGAAGGUCUCAGGGUCGUUGGAAGUGUUGGGUCCGAUGAAAAAUUGAACUACAUUAUUAAUGACCUUGGUUUUGACGCUGGAUUCAAUUAUAAGAAGGAAAAGCCCCGUGACGCUCUGAAGCGACUGAUCCCCGAAGGCAUCGACAUCUACUACGAGAACGUGGGUGGCGAGCAUCUGGAUGCGGCUAUUGAGUCAAUGAAUGACUUUGGACGCAUCGUUACCUGUGGAAUGAUUUCCCAGUAUAACGUCAAGCCAGAGGACCGGUACCCGAUCAAGAAUCUUUUUAUGGUAGUGACCAAGAGAAUCACGAUGCGCGGCUUCAUUGUAUCUGAUCCCGGAAUGGGAGACAAAUGGGCCAAGGAGCACCGGGAGCGUGUCUCCCAAUGGAUCAAAGAUGGCACCUUCAAACCUAUGAUCCAUGAGACCGUUGGCAUCGACAAUGCUGCAGAGGGACUCGUGGGCUUGUUCCAGGGGAAGAAUUUCGGCAAGGCUGUGUUGAAACUUUGA